AUGAAACUAACACCACAUAUUUCGAGUACACUUCAGUGUGGAUUGAUAAAACUUGGUAUUGUUGGGUGUGGCCGGAUUACGAAGCGAUUCAUUGAAGAGGCCAAGUUCGUCAGUGGUGUGAUCAUUGAGUCAGUAUAUUCCCAGUCAAACGAAUCUGCCUCUGUAUUCGCAAAGGAAGCGGAUAUUCCGAAAGUCUGCCACGAUUUCGAUCAGCUACUUGAAACUCCUCACUGUAUUUACAUUGCUUCACCGCACAAUCCUCAUGCUAGUUAUGCGAAGAAAGCUGUGGCUUCUGGCAAGCAUGUCCUUUCCCCAAACAGGAGGCAGAGGAGCUAUUCAAUUUUAGCAUCCCAAAAAGGUGUAGAUUUUCUAGAAGCCAUCAAAAGAGCAUAUAUGCCCGGAUUUCAAAGAAUGAUCGUUGUCGCCCAAAAUGGAACCAUAGGAAGUCGCUCCGUGACAGCGAUAUGUACAAUGAUAAGGCCACUGACUCGGAGGGAAUGUGAUAUUUCACAAGACGGGGGAUGUAUUACCGAACAUGCUAGCUACCCUCUCCUUGUAAUUGCUGAGAUAUUUGGUGUUAAUGAAGUGGAGUGCAUAACUUCUAAGUCCAUUCGACAUGACACAUCAGAUGUCGAUAUAUUCUCACGAAUUGACAUACACCUGAAGAAUCCUUUGGCUACUUGCGCGGUUGGCAUUGGAGUCAAGGCAGAGGGUGAUCUGGUGAUAGCAGGGACAAAGGGUUACAUUUAUGUGCCUGCUCCGUGGUGGCUUACGACUUCCUUCAAGGGGAGAUUUGAAGAUCCAGUGGAGCAACAAAAAUUUUCAAUCCCCAUGAAAGGAGACGGGUUACGGUAUGAGAUCACCGAGUUUAUAAGAUUGAUCAACGAAGAUUCACGUUGA